UAAAGAUGGCGGACGCUGGAGGGCGCUCUUACUUAUUCUAAAUGUGCCUAGCCUUUGGAAGCCCCAAGGUUUCCCCCAGGGGAUUUCUAAUCUUUAGGCGAGUGUGUCCCUUUUCUUCUGUCCUUCGAAGUCACCGCCGAGUCAGCGUUGGGGGUUUAUUGCGUUACACCCAAAGGUUGUCGGCGGCGAGUCGGUUUCGAACGAAACUUAAAAAACGAUCCGUUCUAAGAAAGGGAAGGAGCCGCGAGACCACGUCCCCCGGCCCCAACUGCCGGGAAAGCCAGUGCUUGUGUCUGGCAAAGUUUGCGCGCGGUCCAAGCGGCCCGCGACCGACGCCCAACGGUCCUCCUGACCACGCCACGACACCGCGCGUGCGCAAACUCCUGUCAAACGGGCUGACGGGAGCCCCGGAAUAAAAAAAGGCGGGAGCCAUCAAUUCCCGGUGUGGCAAAAUGGCGCGGGAGGAGGAGAUGCAAGAGUUCACCCGCAGCUUCUUCCGCGGCCGCCCGGACCUCAGCCAGCUCACGCACUCCAUCGUGCGGCGGAGGUUUUUGGCUCACGCGGGCCGCGACCACCUAGAACCGGAGGAGAAGCAGGCACUGAAGCGGCUAGUGGAGGAGGAGCUGCUGAAGAUGCAGGUAGAUGAAGAGGGUGUCAAGGAAAAAGGGCUACGCCGCCGUGCCAAAAAGGCAAAGAGGGCUCACACCACUCCCUGCAGUGACCCGCAGAGAAAAAGGCCCCGUUUCAAUUCGGAGUCAGAGCCCAGCUCUGCAGCCUCCAGUCCAGACUGCUUCGGCCCCCCAGCAAAGAAUGGAAUGGCAGCAGCCGUCAUUCUGGCGAAGGAGAGUCCAAAGCGAGCCUCCAAGAAGGCAGUUGAGAGCAGCGAGGAGGAAGAACAGCAGAGGGACCUGACUGCAAAGAUUGGAUUAGAGAAGGAGGCGGUUGAGAAGAGGGGUGAGGAGGAGGAGGGCUCUGCUGGAACCGGGAAGGUCUGGAAGGAAGAGAGCAGCGAGGAAGAGGAUGAGGAAAAGGAGUCCAAAGGCAGGACUCGGAGGAAACCUGUGACAAAGAACAAGCAGGCCCCAGGCGUGGCCUCACGCAGCAGGAGGCAGUCCACGGAGGAGAGUGAGGGCAGCGAGGAGGAACCUGCUCAGAGGACGGGAAGCAAAGGCGCUGAAAGCCACCAGGAGAGUGAGGAGGAGAGUGAGGAGGAGAAGACCCAAGCCAAGAAGAAAGAGAACAGACAGGAAGCGUCAGCUUGGGAGGAGAGGAGUGCUAAGCGGAGAAGCAGGGCAGCGAGAAUGCAGGGAGACUGUGGGGAUGGAGAGGGAGAGGAGGAAAAAGCAGCAGCAGGCAGUGGGGACGACAGUGAGGGAGAUGACCAGCCCUUAGGGCAGAGGAAGAGCAAGGACAGGACCAAGUGGAAGCGGGACAAAAGGCAGAGUGGAAGCAGUGAGGACGAGGAAGACAGAGGGAGGAGGUUGAAACCAGCUGCUAAAGGUACUGGAAAGACAGCCAGUGGUGAGGCCAGUGACUCGGAGAGGGCGCUGAGUGACAGUGAGGCAGGGGGGAGCUCCCAGGGGGACAGGAAGAGCCACUUGUCCAGAAAGAGCUCCAAGAGAAGCAGGACGCGCAGCUCCUCCUCUUCCGCAGACAGCAGCCCAGAACGCAGAGGCAGGAAGGCUAGGGGCUCUGGUCGCCGAAGUGAAGACCAUCCUGCCGUGAUGCGGCUGAAGCGCUACAUUCGAGCCUGUGGUGCCCAUCGCAACUACAAGAAGCUGCUGGGCUCCUGCUGCUCACACAAGGAGCGCCUGAGUGUCCUGCGGGCAGAGCUGGAAGCUCUGGGCAUGAAGGGUAACCCUUCUUUAGAGAAGUGUCGGGCCCUGAAGGUGCAGCGUGAGGAGGCGGCCGAGGUAGCCGCCCUGGACGUCUCCAACAUCAUCAGCGGUUCAGGUCGACCACGCAGAUGCACGGCCUGGAACCCGUCAGAAGCGGUCACGCCUGGGGAGCUGUACCGCCGGACCCUGGACUCAGACGAAGAGCGGCCCCACCGCCCACCCCCGGACUGGUCACACAUGCGUGGCAUCAUCAGCAGUGACGGCGACAGUAACUGAGCUUCCCCCACCCCCAAGAGGGAUUUUCACUUGUAGAAAGCACAUAUAUAUCUAUACAUAGAGCACCCCCCCAUACCCCAACUCUGCCUGUACAGAGCAGCGGCUUCCUCAGAGACGCAACCCCCAGGAACACAGUUGUUGGGAUCCUACUUCUCAGUUUAAAAUGUUUACAGGGGUUUCUAUUUUGAGACUCAAUAAAGGAGUAUUUGAAUCACCUCAUCGAAACCAGUCUCCCAUUCUCAUUCCCGUGCUUGGGGCCAGGAAGCCGAGGAGGGGCCAGUAUCCGGCUGCCCGUCCCCAUCAGGUUCCCUGUAAUCUCCUCCACAUUCUCCAGAGAAGUCCCAGUCCUCAGACCCUGC